UUAGUUUGAUCAAGAAAUACAAAUUCAAACUCUAGGGGAGCAACGUACAUUCAAACUCUAGAAGACCAUCCUUUAAUCACUUCACUAUAUAUAUUGGUGUGCUUUAUUUUCUCAAAUUAAUUUUUUUUAUAGUUUAAUCAAUAAAUAAUCAUUACACUUCCAACUGAAUGGGUCGUAGUGGUAAAAAAACACUAUGAGAGGAAGAAGCAGAGAGAGAGGCAGGGGAUCAGGCAAAGGACUUCGGUCGCGGACUAGAUGGACAGCACUAGGUAGAGCGUAUGAGCGACCCAUAGAGAUCAGCAGACUGAGACGGGAUCUGGAAGUUAGUCAGAAAGGGGAUAUCAGGAACCAGAGGAAGGUUGUCGAGUGGGGGUAUGAUGAGGGGAUGUACAAGCAAGCCACGGCUUUCUUUUUCACCAACUUCCCAGAUGAAUGGAGUUAUGAAGAGAUGUGGAAGACUUUUAGAAAAUAUGGCAGAGUAUAUGCAGUUUACAGCCCACUAAGAAAAUCUAGGAAUGGGAAAAGGUUUGGGUUUGUUAGGUUCUUAGAGGUGAUGAACCCGAAGGUUCUGGAAAACCAAUUAGAUAAGAUAAGAGUAGAUGGGUGCAAAAUCUGGGUGAAUCUAGCUAAAUACCCAGUGGAAGCUCAUGAGACGAAGGUGAGUAGGAUCCCGGUUAAAUCAAGUAUAGUGGUUAAGGGGAAGUCCUAUGCUGAAGCAGUUAAAGGGCAAGAAAAGGAGGGGCCUAGACCUGGUGUUGAACGCCCAAUGGCAGCUGAUCCAAAGAGAGUUCGAAGUGUAAGCAGCGGCAGGCUGAAAAAAGUAAACAACCAGCAAGAAUGGAGAAAAAAGAAGGAAGGGGAAGCAUGGGUGGGUAUGGAGUACAACGUUAAGGAUGAAGAUUGUGAAUGGCUGCGAGACUGCUAUGUCAGAGUUGCCCACUCCGUAGAAAUAGUUCCAAUCCUUCAGGAAAGAUUUUAUAUGGAAGGUUACUUCACAUGCCGUCUUAGGGCUAUGGGAGGCAAAAUGGUAUUGAUGGACUGUGAGGACAAGGAAGAGCUAAAAGAUCUAGUUCAGGGUGCAGCUAGCUGGUUAAGCCAAUGGUUCGUGAAAGUCAAGCCAUGGUCUCCAACAAUGGUAGCAAAGGAAAGGUUUGUUUGGUUAAGGUGCCUGGGAGUCCCAUUGCAUGUGUGGGGGCCUGAGUUCUUUGAAUCAAUGGUGGCGGCUUGGGGUAAAUUUAUCAGCCUGGAUGAAAACACUAGCAAGAAAAGAAGAUUUGACGUUGCUCGAAUCCUUAUCUCCACGUCGAUUAUGGAACCAAUCUCAGUCAAAAGGCAGAUCAAAGUGAAUGGGAUCCACUACAAUCUCAUGUUCACGGAAGAAGAAAUGUCUAACAGCCUAUUCUCUAUGAAAUAUGAUUUUCUGCCAAGUCUCAAGAGUGACACUGAGUUUGAAGAAUCCUGGUCGGAUGGAUUGGAUUCUGAGGAAGAACCAGGAGAGGGAGGUCGUGAAGCUAACAGGGCGCCUACCGCCGGCAACGGGGACACUGCAGGGUCUUUACCGGACCAGAAAUGGAAGAACAAACGGGUGUCUGACAUUUCGGGUCCCGAGGCUCAUUUUGAAUUUGAAGGAGAUAUGCUUGAUGAUAUUUGUCAGAAAAAGAAGGAUAAGAUCUUUUACAGCUGGAUGGGUGAAGAGGAGUCAGUUGAAGUGGUUGCAGAUAGUCUCGAGGAAUGCUUAGCAGGAAGUGACGUAGGAAGUAGAGAUGAAGAAGUUACUCCAGCAGCUGUGUCGCAAAAUCGGGCUAGCUCCAACCCAAUUGAAGUCUCAAAAGAGGAAGCAAGGUUCGGGUGGGAUAGGCCCAAACCCAAUCAAUCAGCCCACUCUCAGCUUAAUGGUGAAGGCCCGAAUGUGGAGACCCGGGACUGUGAGACCACCGACAGUAGCAAAUAUAUUCAACUGGAGUCUCAACAAGGGAUUGGCUCUCUCGGACAAAAUGCAAAAGCCAAAAAAAGUAAAAAUAAAGGGGGAUUGUCUCGGGAAGGAAGUAGAGAGGCUUCGAUAGAUCUAGAAGUAGCUAAAGAGUUCGGAGGGGUGAGGAGGGUGCUGAGCGGCAAGGAAGGGAGGGCAACAAGUAGCAAACCGGACAGAAUGAAGAAGAAGAAGAAGAAGGCACUUUCGUGCAGAUCAGUGUAUCAAAAGGCUAGCAUCCUGGGUUUAAUGAGCCUUAAGAAGAAAACCAAGUGCGGAUCCAUGCCAAAGAAGGUUCCAAGUCAAGAAAUGCCGAGCUUCUUGCCAAAUUCAAGUUAUUCUGUGGCGGGUGGGUCCGUAGGAGACAACGGGAUUGCAAAUUGUAACAGGAUGUUUAAGGAGCAUACUAGCCGUAGAAUAGCAGCAGAGCUAUGGGACUUUGCGAAGCAAAUUGGGGUUACUGCAGAGGAUGAGGCCGAGACCCUCAGGAACCUUGAAGGAAUGGAGAAAAGAGACAGAGGGCCAAGGAAUCGGAGAUCUCGAAGUCAGGGGAAAAGACACUUGAGGGAGCUAGUUAAGAAGGAAAAGGUGGAUUUCCUAGCUGUUCAAGAAACUAAAUUGAGAGGGAUAGAUAAAAGAAUUAGCAUAUCAGUGUGGGGUACAGAUGAGGUGGAAUGGGUUGCCAAGGAUGCAGUGGGGGGAAGUGACACAAUUGUCAGUGGAAGAGAUCGACAGGAGAAGAGAAGCGUUCAUCCAGAUUUGGGAGGGUUUGAAAAGCAAGGAAAGCAUGAUGCAAUAGAAAGCAAGGAAAGCUUGGGUGGCUCAAAAGGACGCCAAUACCAGGUUCUUCCACAACUACGUCAAGGGCAGAUGGAGAAGGAAUUGUAUGCUGAAGAGAAGAAGGAUAGACCUAGACUAGAUGGGCUGGGUUUCAAGCAACUCUCAUGGGAAGAAAAUGUAAACCUGAUUUCUCCCUUUACUGAGGAGGAGAUAAAGGUAGCAGUAGGAGAAUGUGAUAGCUCGAAGGCCCCAGGUCCGAAUGGAUUCAAUUUCAGGUUUGUCAAAUCUGAAUGGGAUGUAAUUAAAGCUGAUGUGGUGAGUUUCUUGCAAGAAUUCCAGACAAAUGGCAAACUAGUGAGAGGAGGUGUUAGGGAACAACAGAUGGCAUUCCUUAAGGGAAGACAGCUGAUGGAUGGAGUAGCCAUAGCUAAUGAGGUGAUUGACGAAGCAAAAAAGAAAAGGCAGAAAGCAUUCUUGUUUAAAAUAGACUUUGAGAAAGCUUAUGACACGGUAAGCUGGUCCUUCCUUAACCACAUGAUGCAGAAGAUGGGUUUCUGUGAGAAAUGGAGUUUGUGGAUUCAAGAAUGCUUACAAUCUAGUUUGGUUUCAAUCCUAGUUAACGGCAGCCCAAGUAGGCAAUUUAAGGUGUCAAGAGGUCUGAGGCAGGGGGACCCUUUAUCCCCGUUCCUAUUUUUUAUUAUUGCAAAGGGUCUGAACGGGCUGGUGACAGAGGCUGUUAAAAAUGGGAAGUUAAAAGGCGUGGAGGUGGGAAAUAGAAGCUUUAGUAUUUCACACUUACAAUAUGCUGAUGACACGAUUUUGUUUGGUAGGGCUUCAGAAGAAAAUGUGUGGGCAAUGAAAGGAAUCUUGAGAGCAUUUGAACUGGUUUCGGGUCUCGAAAUUAAUUUCAAUAAAAGCCAACUAGUGGGAAUUGGUGUGGAGGAUGAUUGGUUGAACAAAAUGUCAUGGGUUUUGUGUUGCAAAAAAGGUACUUUGCCAAUUAAGUACCUCGGUAUCACAAUUGGAGGAAGUUGCAAAAGCACUGCAUUUUGGAAACCAAUGGUAGACAUAUUUGAAAGGAAGUUAGCUUCAUGGAAAGGCAGAUAUUUAUGUUUAGGGGGUCGGAUCACGCUUAUUAACUCAGUGCUGUCAAGUCUCCCCGUCUUCUGGAUGUCGAUGUAUCUGAUCCCGAAAGGUACAAUCUUGUUACUUGACAAAAUUUGUAGAAAAUUCUUGUGGGGUGGGGCUGAGGGGGGGAAGAGGAUUAACUGGGUUAAAUGGGAAAAUGUUUGUAAAGAAAAACACUGCGGUGGGUUGGGGGUCAAGGAUCUAAGGAAGUUUAACCUUGCUUUGUUAGGUAAGUGGUGGGGGAGGCUAGUGAGGGAAGAUAAAGGGCUCUGGGGUAAGGUUAUCUUCGAGAAUUACGGGAAGGUAGGGGAACCUAGUUUUAAUUGGCUGAGGGAGAGUUUCAAUUAUGGGUCUGCAUGGUGGAGGGAUAUCUGCAGGUUAAGUGACAUGGAAAACCACAACAAAGGGUGGCUUGCAGAUGGUCUAGAAAUUAGAGUGGGGGACGGAAAGGAUACGAGCUUUUGGUGGGAUGAGUGGUGUGGGGGGGAGAGUCUAGCUAACAAGUUUCCUAGACUUUAUCUAAUCUCUGCAGGAAAAGACAAAAAGAUUUCCCAAAUGGGAAAUUGGCAGGAUGACUUAUGGAAGUGGGACUUGAUGUGGAGAAGAAAUUUGUUCAGUUGGGAGGAACAGCAGGUGGAGGCACUUAAGGCUGUGAUCCAAGACACCAAAAUAGAAUAAGGAAAACCAGAUUGGAUGGUUCAGAUCUUCCAUAUGUAUAUACCACAUUAUGGCAAACCGGCCUCUCUUAAAUUAGGCCACUAAGAUGACGUGUACCUCAAUGUUCCAAAGAUUUGGAUUCGUGUACUUUUAUUUUUCAGUUUGCCAAUGAUCAGUAGUAAUAUAUAAUUACUUCUAGCCACCCACCUUUCCACUUUUGCUCUACUUUAGAGUUAGAGUUGAAGAUGUGAAAAGGCAAGAAUUAUAUUAUAUAUAUGGACUUCUCUUCUUCUCCAUUUUCCAUUUCUCAUCUUCUGUUAAUUUUCUGGACAUCCCUUUUUUUUUUUUUAUUAAUUCAAUCAAAAUGGGUAUUAGAA